AUGCAGUUGAGAACGGGCCACGCCCCACUCAACAAGCACCUCCACCGCAUAAGGGGUGCAGAAACACCAACCUGCCCAGCAUGCGAAGAGAGCGAGGAGACAGUACACCACUACUUGAUGGAAUGCCCCACAUACCAAGCACAACGAGAUGUCCUGCAAAGAUCAAUGCCAAACCGCGCCUACCACAUCUGCCGACUCCUUAGCAACGGGGAAUUCCUCCCCAACCUCUUCAAGUACAUAGCAGCAACCAAACGCCUAGAGAACGCUUUCGGAAACGUCGCACCGAUCAAAAACGCCUAA